CUAUAAUCUAUGAUGGUUUGCCUGCUGUUGGUGCUUAUAAUGUCAUAUUUCGAGGCCUACCUGCAGACGCCAAACAGGAAGACCUUGAGCAAUUUGGAGUCCCGGAAUCCACUAUGCUUGAAAGGCCAAACUACAGCUCAAACGACAUAGGCACGAAGGGUAUUCGAGAUAUGCUGGAGGAGUGUGGAGAGCUGAUUAGUUUUGAUGUUCUUCCACCUCCUCAUCGAGAGGGAAUGGUGAAGGCUUGGGCUCAUUUUGCGUCACCUCAUGAUGCACAGGUUGCUCACGACCACCUUGAUGGUCGACGCCCGAACUUUAUCGGAAGAACGCGGCUUUCCGUUCGCCAUGUGCAGACCAUGUCAUACAUGCUCCCCCAACGCAUCUACCAAAAAAUGGAAGGAGACAUUGCUAAACUUCGGUGCACUUGGCAAGGGAGCAAUCGUGUCGGUGUGUCUGUAAUCGAGCGAAAAUUCAAUACAAUCGCUGCCGAAGAUAGCCCUCCAGUGUUAAUCAAGUUGUCCGCCGAAUAUAUCAAGCAGUUAAGUCAGUUGAAGCUAGCGUUUGAGCGAAUUCAGCACGGAGAUAUCGUCAUGCAAGACAAAAAACCUGUGUGGGAUGACUACUUUUCGCGUCCCGUGGGCAUAUCCUAUCUGCGCAAUUUGGAGCGUUUCCACGGAAUCGAUAUACAAGCUGAACCUACAAGGCGUACCAUUGCAUUAUUUGGCCCUAUCGUCCAACGCGACUCCGCCCGCUACGAAAUAUUGGGUAAAGUCAACCAUCUACGGUCACAGAAAUUUUGGGACAUCCCUUUGGCCGGUCGACUCAUUGGUCUAUUCGUUAGUGGAGACCUCAUAAAGCUGCAGCAAAACAUCGGUCGUGAAAAUGUUGUUCUGAACCUGGAAAAGCGUAUCUUAACAAUUCGCGGUAACGAAAGGAUCCAUCAGGCCGCAUGCAAAGCCGUGCAACUUGCUCAAUCGCGACAUGUUGACGAACGCCGUCCCGCAGCUGCCAUCUGCCCAGUGUGCUUCAGUGACGCUGUCAUCCCAAUACAUAUGGAAUGCGGCCACACGUGGUGUAAAAACUGCCUUUCUGGCUAUCUAGUAGCUGCUACUGGCAACAAAAUGUUCCCGCUGACUUGCCUUGGAAAUGAUGCCACUUGUUCGCAGCCUAUCUCCCUGACAUUAGCUCAGAAUGUUCUUUCUGCUUCGGAGUUCGACGCGCUUGCGAAUGCCUCAUAUUGGUCAUAUGUUCAUUCACACCCUAAUGAGUUCCACCAUUGCCCCACUCCAGAUUGUACACAAGUCUAUCGCUCUGCCCCGCGGGACGCCAUCCUUCAAUGUCCUUCAUGUUUAAUGCGAAUAUGCCCAAGCUGCCAUGUUGAAUACCACGAUGGAUGGACGUGCGAGGAGUUGGAGGCCGUAGAUGACAAGCUCUUUGCGGAAUGGAGUGAAAGUCAUGACGUCAAGAAUUGUCCGGGCUGCAAAAUACCAAUCGAAAGAAGUCAAGGUUGUAACCAUAUGACAUGCACCCGCUGUCAAACUCAUAUUUGUUGGGUCUGCCUCGCGACAUUCCCCAAGGGACAGGGUAUUUAUGAUCAUAUGCGCCAUGAGCAUGGUGGCAUAGGACUUUGAUUUCGCUUUACUAUCAUGUGUGCUCUUUUCUUGUUUUACUCUUUUCUCUCACUUGUAUAUGAUGUAUAAUUCGUCUGAGGAAAUUUUUUUAUUGACAAAUUCUGUAUUUAUUUGUACAGAUACUGACUGAUUGAACCAUGAACCAAGGAUUGAACCAAAAAUGUACUUCCGAGUUAACACGAGAAACAUAAUUUAGGCUAUGAACAAAAAUA